AUGGCUUCACCAUUUGUCGCGGUUGCUGGUGCCUCAGGCGGACUGGGCCAGCUUGUUGCAAUGCAGCUCAUCAAGCGAGGCGUAGCCGUAAAGGCUCUCGUGCGCCCCAACACCAACCCAUCACGAACAGAGAAGCUUCGGAGCGCCGGCGUUGCUAUUACUCCAGUCAACCUCUCGGAGGUACCUAGCCUCACCCAUGAGCUAAACGGAGCAAUUUGUCUCGUUUCCACACUCCAGGGCUUGAAAGAAGUCAUCCACACCGCUCAAGGAAACCUCCUCGAGGCUUCUGUGGCCGCCAAAGUGCCGAGGUUCAUCCCUUCCGACUUCUCUCUAGACUUCACUAAGACUCAACCAGGAUCCAAUCGAAACCUGGACCUACGACGUGAGUUUCACGCGCAGCUCAGAAAGUCAGGCAUUGCAUGGACGAGUAUUCUCAAUGGCGGUUUUAUGGAUCUGAUGGCUGGCGACUCGCCGAUGAUCAACCACAAGAGCCAAAAGGUCCCAUAUAUCGGUCAGCCGAUGCAGCUGCUUGAUUUUACCACCAUGAUGGACACGGCUGCAUACACGGCUGCUGUUGCUGCAGACCCAAACCCUACGCCAAAUUUCCUUCGCAUUGCUAGUGAUACCGUCAGUGCACAGGAUAUUGCAGACGCACAGACUAAAGUGGAAGGUGUACGUUAUAAGCCUUCGUGGAUGGGCCCUGUAUGGUUCAUGGAGUUUAUGAUCCGAAGUUUACGUCUUUUCGGGGGCGAGAAAGAGAUUUUCCCCGUUUGGCAGCAGAUGCAAUAUAUGACGAACAUGUUUUCUGGGGCUGGGAAGCUCGAGCCGUUGGAUAAUGAUCGAUAUCCUGAGUUGAGUUGGACCAAGCUGCAGGAUUUUUUCCGACAGGAUAAAGAGUCACCUAAUCGUUGA